UACGCCAUGCUCACUCACUGGCCCAUAUUUUAGCAUCCCUUCCCCGCACCCUCUAAUGUAAUGGCCGAGACUGGGCAGGAUCUAGAGCAGAGACCUGACUGGGAGCAGCCUCUACAGCGCCAUCUCGUGGCGGAACACAAGGCGGCUGUCUCACUAUCUAGCGGGGAGCACGCGUGGGCGGAGUCCUCCAGUCACGCUUUGUAUGUGUAUGUGUGUGUGUAAGGUCAUCCGACGGCGUACCGGUGAGAGCUGAGGGACUAGAGUGAUUGACAGAGCGGGAACCGGUCUCCGGAGCUGGAAGAACGUUCUCAUGCAGCGGCCGGAUUUGUGUAUUAUAAGCAUGGAAGGGGAAUCUGGGUACAACAAAGUGGAAGAUGUGUUCGUGUCUCAUGUGGAGGAUGCUGUAACAUUUUGGGGACAGUCGAUGAACAGAAUCCAUGACAUAUCAAAGCUGACUGAAUCUUUGGCCAGAGUUUGCCCUACCAUGAAUACUGUUUUUGGAACUCCUGAUCUUGAGAAGGUUUAUGGUGGGAUGUUUUCAGCAGAUAAGUGCUGGUACAGAUGUAAGUUGCAGCAUGUGCUCAGUGAUGAGAAGUGUGCGGUCACUUAUAUUGACUAUGGAAAUUCAGAAAUUUUAAAUAGAUCCAGCAUUGUUGACCUUCCUGAUGACUUACAAAUACCAGCUGUGGCACAGAAAUAUAGACUCUGGGGACUUCAGCUUCAGACAGCGGUCGAUAUCGAACAGGGCCUGAAAUUUCUAUCCAAACUCAUAGGUGACAAACAAAUCGCUGUGCAGCAUAAAGCAGUCUACAAAGAUGGCACGUUUGUUGUACAUGCUGUACAUGGUGACCUUGAUAUUGGAGAGGAAGUGGCGCAAAAGGGUUUUGCAGAGAGAUGUAAACUUUCCAGUCCUCCAAAUGGCCCACGGGAAACAAUGGAAGCUUCGGCAAACAAUGGAAAAUCACACUUUCUCUGGGCAAAUCGAAACAUAGAAAGACCUCCUAUGCGUGAGCCAAAAUCUAUACCUAUGUUCAACCGAUUAAACAAUGACCUCAAAGUAUCUGACUCGAUGAAGGGAGAUGGAAACACCAAUUUUCAAGUUCGAAGCUUUUAUUUUUUCUAUUUUUAUUUCUAUUGGUGCUUUUGGCAUAGAUUGUGUUCUACUGAUACGAAUGGUGUUAAAAGGGAUCAGAGAUUGUUGUUGGAUGAGAUUAAGCAAUUGAAGGAUGAGAACAAGCAAUUGAAGGAUGAGAACAAGCAAUUGAAGGAUGAGAACAAGCAAUUGAAGGAUGAAAAAGAAAUCAUGUUGCAAAAAUCAAGGGCUCUAGAGCUACGUAUUCAAAAGAUGCAAAAUGAUAUUCAGAGUGAGAAGGCGAACUUUGAGCAAACUAUUAAUGAAAUGGAAAAAAGUUUGAAGAUGGCCAUAGGAAACAAAUUUAAAGAUUUAACAAACAAGAUGGACAUACUGAAAGUGGUUAGAUGUGAAAAUGAAAACCUGACAAUAGCUGAUGAUCUUCUAGAGGCUGCGAGAGUGGUAAAUGAGGAACAGGUUUCUGCCCCAUGCUCUUUAAAUAUUCUAGAGGAGAAUUGGACAGAAUAUAAAUAUUCCCAGGAAAUGAUCCAGGCUUGCUCAGAUGUGGUAGAGCUAGACAUGCUCAUAGAUAAACGGAACAAAGUUCAGCAAGAACUGACUUCUUCAGUAGAUGCCUUUAUUGUCGAGGUUAACCAAAUGCCACUUGAUGCACAUUUUACAAAGUUACAGAUGUUGCUACAGUCUCUUAUGUCUGUAUAUGGAGCAUCUAGUGACUGUGACGAUUCGGAUGACGUGUUCCAGGAGUUUUAUAAAUGGAAACAGGCGAAGUUGGAGAAGUUUAAUAGUGUUAGAAAUGACACCACCAGCUCUCUUGAACACCUAACAACGUGGUUCAGUGACAUCAAAGAGCUCUUUGGUCUGACGUCAAACUCCUCCGAGGACUCGUCUGACGUUGUAGAGAAUAUUGACAAUAUUUUGGAAAAAUUUGACUCUGACAUAUCCAAGGAACUGCAAGUCUCUCUCCUGGAACAAAGUGAAGACGAUAAGAAAAUAAUAAUAAAUGCAUACAAUGGGGUUGUAAAGCGUAUUCAUGAGCAGACUCAUCUUAUUUCUACGAUCAAGUCAAAAUAUUUAUCCAGUGUCGAAUUCAAAAAGAACAUUGUUCAAUGGAUCAAUACAAACCCGAAUGUGGAUGAUUUAAUGGAGAUCAAAAAGACCAUUAAGGGAUUGAAAGCUCAGCUGCGAUGGAAACUUCUUGAGAGUAGCACUAUGGAAGAGUCAGAUGAAUACAGUGAAACUGCUCUUAGUGAACUGAAACAUGACAUCGCAACAAUAAGGGACAAAAUAUUUUAUGAAAUACAACGGGAACAAGAGGAAUAUACUUCGUUGAGUGUUUUGGUGCAGAAGUGGUUUCCCGAGCUGCCCCUAAUGUACUGUGAUGCAGGAAUAAUAAAGUACAUGAAUUCAGGUGGUCUUCUUUCUGGGAGUAUGGAGAGGGAGCUGUUUGAUGCAGAAUCAUUGAAAGAGCUUAGUAGCAAACGGCCACUGGUGUGCGCACAAGUCCAAAACAAGAAAGUCUUACUGAAGAGUUAUUCAGUAGAUAUGGAUGCAGAAGAACAAGUAAUUGUAAGGGCUGAAAAAUAUCACAAGGCUUGGUUGCAAGAGAAGGAGGAAUCUGGGAUUAUGCAGCUCCUUUACCUGUUUUUUUGUAAGUCCGAUCCCAUGGUAUACUUGAUGGUUCCUUUCUAUUCUGGUGAAAGUUUGAGCCAUAUCCAAGCCAACGAUCAACUGAAUUCAUACGAAACUCUGAAAGUGAUGAGUGGGGUUGCGCAAGGCCUACAUACCCUGCAUGCCGCAGGUAUAACUGUGGGUUCUCUGCAUUAUAACAAUGUUUUUGCUGUAAACCGGAUGAGAGGAAUAGUUGGAGAUUUGGACUUCACAAGAGACGCAGAACAGCGGAGUUCAGCCACCUCCAUUUGUUUCCCACUGUUGACCGCACCUGAAUUAAAACUAGGACAGCCAGCUUCAAAAUCCUCUGAUGUUUAUGCAUAUGGGAUGAUCCUGUUGUGGCUCUGCGUAGGAAACAAAAAUAUUGUAUGUAAACAAGACGGAACGCCCGAUCUUUCGAAAAAUGAUAUGGAUACCAAAGCCAAAGAUCUCCUUUCACGCUUAGUGUGCUGCGGACAUCGCAUGCCGGCUGAGCUGAUCAAAGCUCAUGAAUAUUUCCAGAUUGCUGCUGAUGUCCCAACUGUUUCACCAGAAAAAAGUGAAGAGAUUGCUGAGAAUACGCCAGCAGACUGUUCUUGAUGUCUUGAAGUGUGCCCAGCACAUAUGUUUUUUGCAGCCAAAUAGCUGGUUAACACUCUUAAAACUGUAGUUUGAGAAAAGUUAUGCUCAUUUUUCUUUUUUCAUGUUAUGCUCAUAUGUGUUCUGUUCAUUGAUUCUGUUUUCCUUUAUCUGAAUGGCAUAAAUACUUUGAAAGCGG